AUGUCUCCGUUCUUAAUUGUAAUAUUACUUUUAUUAAUAGUGUAUAAAAUUUAUGAAUUCAUCAUUUCUAUACCACCAAAUGUGCCACCAUGUAUUCCACGAUUACCGAUAGUAGGAUCUUAUUGGCAUUUAUUAUGGUAUAAUUACAAAUAUCCCUUUAAAGCUAUUGCAUAUUAUGCAAAUAAACUACAGUCUAAAGUUGUUACAUGUUAUUUCGGUCCGUACAUAGCUGUUAUCGCGAAUGAUUAUAAAAGUGUUAAAGAAAUAUUAUCAAGAGACGAUUUUGAUGGGAGGGUGACUACCAUAGACGCUAUCUUAGCAAGAGCAUUUGGAAAACAAUUAGGCAUUUUUUUCACCGAUGGUUUAUUUUGGCAAGAGCAAAGAAGAUUCGCUCUCCGAAAUAUGAGAGAUUUUGGAUUUGGUAGAAGACAUGAAAAAUAUGAAACGAACGCGAUGGCAGAAAUUGCGAUUCUAGUUGACAUGUUGAAAUGUGGUCCUAUUAACGACAAAGAAAAGACAUAUUUACGAAACGGUUCUGCAUGUUUUCCGGAUGUUCUGUAUCCAUAUGUAGCGAAUAGUAUAUGGGAUAUUAUGUUCGGCGAAAGAUUCGAUCGUUCGGACUAUCAUAAAUUAAAAUAUUUUUGUGAAUGCGCUAUGAUGUUUCAAAGAGCAGCUGAUACUACUGGAGGGGCACUAUUCCAAUUCUGGUAUUUGAAGUAUUUUGGAAACAUGUUUGGGUUUUCAAAUAUGAUGAAAGGAAAUUAUCGUAUGAUAGACUUUAUUAUGGAACGUUUAAACAAUGAAAAGUAUUCAGAUAAUGAUUAUGACAGAAGUUUAGUAGACCGAUAUUUAAAAAUUUUGAAUGAAGACUGCGAUGGAAGACCUAGUUUUUCUGACAAACAACUUAUUAUGACCCUUGUGGAUUUCAUCUUUCCAGCGGUAUCUGCGGUACCAAGUGUCCUUGUACACGCAAUCAAACUUGUAAUGCAUAAUCCGAGAGUACAGAAAAAGGUACAAGAGGAAAUUGACAGAAUAGUUGGAACCGGAAGACUCGUUACAUGGGACGAUAGAAAGAAUUUACCGUAUACUGAAGCGACUAUACGCGAAGCACUUAGAUGCGAAACCUUGACUCCGUUUUCUGUGUUUCAUAAAGCAGUAAAAGAUACUACUCUUAAUGGUUACAAUGUCCCUGAGAAUACAAUAAUUAUCGCAAAUUUAUCAGCAUUAAAUAAUGACCCCGAUUUUUGGGGUGAUCCCGAAAAAUUUAGACCUGAAAGGUUUCUCAAUGAAAAUGGCCAAUUAAGCAAAGAUUUCACCUUUCCUUUUGGAUUUGGGCAUCGUGUGUGUGCGGGUGAAACUUAUUCAAGAUAUACUAUGUUCGCGGCAUUCGCUGCAUUGAUGCAGAACUUUAAUUUUUCGUUUAUAGACGGAGAACCGACGGGUCUUGAAGAUAAGUUUCCAGGUUUAAUUAUAACUCCAAAAGAAACAUGGAUUCGAGUGGAAACACGUUAUACUUAA